UGUGUGUGUGCGCGCGCCUACACAGAGCUGUUGUAGCACAAGACUGUCUGAGCUGAGCAAAUAUACUACAGGAUUGGUGGCCAGUGAAAGCUGAAUCCUCUGCUACCCGAUUAAAAAAAAAAUGAACGAUAGUAUAGGUUGAAAUGUAAAGAUGUCUGUAUUUGAAAAAAAAAAAUUAUCUUCAGCCUUGUGACCUAGCUAUUUAAAAGAACAUAUAAUAAGUAGCUCACAAAUACCUUCUGAAUGAUAGCUAAAACGUUAGCACUUGGCGGGUUGGCAGGCUGUUUUUGAGAAAAGCCUUCAGAGCAUUUACUAUGAUGCCCUUCCCUUUACUGUCAAAGGCGCUUUAAAGCACUUCUUCAUCAAUAGUUUUCUCGUUAGAAUUACUCUUAUUUAUUAUCUGUACUGCACACUUUUUAUAAUGAUGUAUAUAUAAGUUGUCUGUAACAUCCAGUGUGAGGCUUUUCAUCUAGUUUUCUUCUGUGUGUUUUUGGCUUCUUAAUUUUGUUUGUAAACUCUUUGUGGGCAAGCGUUGUUUUUAAUUAACUCUAUCCCUUCCUGUUCUGCACACAGGACUAAUCACAGAAUCUUGGUAGGUGAAAUAAUGGUAGUACCUAGAAUGUAUUGAGCAGUUUCUGGUGCCCCAUGCCAUUCUAAGCUGUCGGUGUAAAUCAUUUAGUCAUUAUAAAAGCCCCACGAGAUUGCUACUAUUUUCAGCCUCCAUUUAUAGGGAAACAAGGCUCAGGGAGGCGAAGUAGCGUGUCCCCAAUCCUACAGCUAAUAAGCUGGGAAGACAGGAUUUGGCUCUUGAAUCUGGGAUCUUAAGUACCAUUCUGUACUUUUUCUCAGAUACUAUGCUGCAAUCUCUCUCUAGAUAUUUGGUGGUUGGUUUAAAGUUUAUGUGCACCCUUUUAUCAUUAUAAUAUUUUAGCUAUAGUAUCUCAAGGAAUAUAAAGGAGAUUGUUUGAUCAGAAUAGCGAACUACAGUUGCCUUGCAUUUGUAUUGCUGCUUUUGUGGUACAGAGUAUGGGGAAGGUGAGAGGCACGUUGGAAUUUAGGUUGGUGUGUUUUACCCAUUGGGAGCUAGUUCUGAGAUGCGUGGGAAGAAGCAGGCGCGGACGGCCGUUAGGUGGUGUGGGCUUAUUUGUACUUCUGUCUCUUUCUUCUCAUUAGCCAUGAUAAGGAGAGUUGAGUGUAUCUGAUCAGGUGGAAGAGAACAGAGACGGUAUCAGGGAAGAAGGUGGUAACUUACGCCACUUGAGCGUGUUGUGACAAGAAUUCUUCGUGAGCGAAACCUUUUUAAUGUGGGGAAUGGAAGCUCGACACAAAAUGAUAGACAUAAAAUGAAUUUCUAAAGGGUUUUUAGAGAAAUGACAUUUGACAGCCAAGAAAAGAGCUGGACCAUUAGACUGUGGGCUUAAUGCCUUGAUCGGUCAGCCAGGCAUCAAGCCGGAUGGCUGGCCUUUGGGAAUUCUGGAGACAAGUCUUGCCUUCCUGAGAGGAAUGUGACAUUUUUCUCUUUUGACAGAAUUCAGCUUAGGGAACCACCAACACGGGACGAUGCAAGCCCACGAGCUGUUCCGGUAUUUUCGAAUGCCAGAGCUGGCUGACUUCCGACAAUACGUUCGCACGCUGCCGACCAACACGCUCAUGGGCUUUGGAGCUUUUGCAGCGCUCACCACCUUCUGGUACGCCACGAGGCCCAAAGCCCUGAAGCCACCAUGCGACCUCUCCAUGCAGUCUGUGGAGGUGGCGGGUAGUGAUGGUGCUCGGAGAUCCCCGCUACUGGAUAGCGAUGAGCCCUUGGUGUAUUUCUACGAUGACGUCAGAACCUUAUAUGAAGGCUUCCAGAGGGGCAUCCAGGUGUCAAAUAAUGGCCCAUGUUUAGGCUCUCGGAAGCCAGACCAACCCUAUGAAUGGCUUUCAUACAAACAGGUUGCAGAGAUAUCCGAGUGCGUGGGCUCAGCACUCAUCCAGAAGGGCUUCAAGGCUGCCCCGGAUCAGUUCAUUGGCAUCUUCGCUCAGAACAGACCCGAGUGGGUGAUCAUUGAACAGGGAUGCUUUGCUUACUCUAUGGUGGUCGUUCCCCUCUAUGAUACCCUUGGAACAGAAGCAAUCACCUACAUAGUCAACAAAGCUGAACUCUCUCUGGUUUUUGUUGACAAGCCAGAGAAGGCCAACCUCUUAUUAGAUGGUAUGGAAAAUAAGUUAACACCAGGCCUUAAAACCAUUGUCCUCAUGGACUCCUAUGGCAUCGAUCUGUUGGAACGAGGCAAAAGGUGUGGUGUGGAAAUCACCAGUAUGAAGGCAAUGGAGGACCUGGGAAGAGCCAACAGACAGAGGCCUAAGCCUCCAGCACCUGAAGAUCUUGCGGUCAUUUGUUUCACCAGUGGUACUACAGGCAACCCCAAAGGAGCACUGAUCACUCAUCGAAAUGUAGUGAGCGACUGUUCAGCUUUUGUGAAAGUCACAGAGACAGUUCUUGCCUUGAAUGCCAGUGACACACACAUUUCGUUUUUACCACUUGCACACAUGUAUGAGCAGCUGCUUCAGUGUGUAAUGCUGUGUCAUGGAGCUAAAAUAGGAUUUUUCCAAGGAGAUAUCAGGCUGCUUAUGGAUGACCUCAAGGCACUUCAACCCACAAUCUUUCCUGUGGUCCCCAGACUGCUGAACCGGAUGUUUGACCGAAUUUUUGGGCAGGCAAACACCACGCUGAAGCGAUGGCUGCUGGACUUCGCCUCUAAGAGGAAAGAAGCAGAGCUUCGCAGUGGCAUCGUUAGAAACAAUAGCCUGUGGGACAGACUCAUCUUCCACAAAAUACAGUCGAGCCUGGGAGGAAAAGUCAGGCUGAUGAUCACAGGAGCCGCGCCCGUGUCCGCCACCGUGCUGACGUUUCUGAGAGCAGCGCUCGGCUGUCAGUUUUAUGAAGGCUACGGACAGACCGAGUGCACCGCCGGUUGCUGUCUGACCAUACCUGGGGACUGGACAGCAGGCCAUGUUGGUGCCCCAAUGCCUUGCAACCUUAUAAAACUUGUGGACGUGGAAGAAAUGAACUACUUGGCUUCCAAGGGCGAGGGUGAGGUGUGUGUGAAAGGGCCCAAUGUAUUUAAAGGCUACUUGAAGGACCCAGUGAAAACAGCAGAAGUUCUGGACAAAGACGGCUGGUUACACACGGGGGACAUUGGAAAGUGGCUUCCAAAUGGUACCUUGAAGAUUAUCGACAGGAAAAAGCACAUAUUUAAACUGGCACAGGGAGAAUACAUAGCACCUGAGAAGAUUGAGAAUAUCUACCUGCGAAGUGAACCUAUCGCUCAGGUGUUUGUCCAUGGAGAAAGCUUGCAGGCAUUUCUCAUAGCAAUUGUGGUACCAGAUGUUGAGACAUUAUGUUCCUGGGCCCGAAAGAAAGGAUUUGAAGGCUCCUUUGAGGAACUGUGCAGGAACAAGGACGUCAAAAAAGCCAUCCUGGAAGACAUGGUGAGGCUUGGGAAGGAAUCUGGCCUGAAACCAUUUGAACAGGUCAAAGGCAUUAGUCUCCACACUGAAUUAUUUUCUAUCGACAAUGGCCUCCUGACUCCAACGAUGAAGGCAAAACGGCCCGAGCUUCGGAAUUAUUUCAGGGCACAGAUAGACGAACUUUAUUCCACCAUCAAAGUUUAAUGCCAGGAAGAAACUACACCCCUCCGCAGUCUCCUGCUGAUGGCCUUCACGUUGGUAAUUUUGACUAGAGUGCGCGUAGGAAAGGGAGCGUCCACGUUUGACUUGUGCAUUCGGGGUUCUCGCCAUAGGAAUUUCAGAGGACACGGAACACUGCCUUACGGUCACCUCCUGUUGCAGACCAUGUAUAUGGUGAUACACAAUUUCCAAAAUGAGCCUUAAAAUCGUAAAGGGGAAACGAUCCACGUGCUAAGUUAUUUGAGACUUCCUCUGUUUAAAAAAAAAAAAAAAGGGCGGUGAAAACUUCUGUCUCCCAGUUUUCUAACCAAGGGAUUAGGACUUCACUAUUUCUGAGAUGUCUGCUACUUGCUGCAGAUUCUGCCGCUCUGCAAGGUACAGUGCACUGGAGGGAAGCUGUCCCUUCAAAGCAAGAACUGUCCCAGCUGGAGAACAUGGCAAGCGGGCCAGAGAUUUUUUUAAACCCCUGCCUCCUCGCCUUCCCCACUUCACACGCGCUCCGACGAGCCUUCUGCUGUCGGGUCCGGAGCGGCGCGUGCUUCUCAGCAGUCCCUGUUGUCCUGUAGGAGCAAAAGGUUCCCAGGGACGGAGAGAACACAUCCGACUCAGAACAGCACAGACGUCGUCUCGGAUGAAUGGGCGCUCACCUGAGCGAGCGGCUUCUGGUGCCCGCGGAGCAGAAUGAUCUCAGACCCUCUUCUCCAGACCCGAUUCCCGUCCCCCACCCCCCACUACUCCCUCCCAGGGGUUAUUAAAAAAUCUGACUUAGACUCUGCAGUGAAGACAGGCAUUUCAAGAAGGAAAUAAUUACCUGGAUCGCCGAUGCUCAACUGUGACGCCUCAUGAACUGUCCCCUUUAUCAUCGCUGAACCAGUCAUUCUUUGUGAUGGCCAACGGAUUUUUAAUGUGGUUUUCAUAUCAAAAGAUUGUGUUGUGAUUAAGUGGCUUUUUCCACCCCCAAAUGAAUUCUCAGGCAGGGCAUGUCUUUAAACCUAUUAAGGGAAUAGAUAUACUUGGGUACUUAUUGAAAUGGACAGUAAUAAGCAAAUGGUCUUAUAAUGCUACCUGAUUUUUAUGAAAUGUGUUUGACAAGCCAAAAUUCUAGGAGGUAGAAAUCUGGAAAACUCAUUUUCUGGGAUUAACUUCUCAAGGGAUUUUUUUAAAAAAAGAAAAAGUUAAUUUGGGAAUUUAGCUGCAUUUCACUUGACUGCAAGUCUUUGCUACGUGUGACUGAAUUAAGUUGUCAUUUAUAUAUUGAAAGCAGCUGGUUUUGGCUUUGUGAGAGUUCCGUGUAUUAUACAAGCACGACGGGGUUGGCACCGAAGAACUGUCAUCAUAGUAACACUAUUUGGUAGCCUAACUUCAUAUGUGUGUUCUUCAUUGCACAAAAAGUCAGUAAUUUGUCACCUUGGGGUUUUGAAUGUUUGCUUUAAGUGUUGGCUAUUUCUAUGUUUUAUAAACCAAAACAGAAUUUCCAAAAACAAUGAAGGAAACCAAAAUAAAUAUUUCUGCAUUUCAA